AUGAUUACACAUAAUAUUUAUAGGUGCAGUAGUUUUAGUUGGAAAAUCAAUAAUUCAAUCAGAUUAUUUUCGUCAAGUAUACUUCCUGAUAUUGAUUUAAACUAUUACUGCAACAUUGAAAAUAUAAAUGAAAUUAAAAAUAACAUUAAAAGAAGGAAAGGUAUAGGGGAUAUUGAUAAAGCUUUCAAUUUGUACAAUACUUUGAAAACAACUCCAAAUGGGGAUAAUUCUUAUGACUCAAUAAAAUUAGACCUUUUCAAAGAAUUAAAUAUUUUACCUAAUAGAACACAUCCGAUUGUCGGAAAUUAUGCUGACGAACCACAAGUCAUUCUGGAAAUAAACCAAAAAAAGGACUUUGGUAUGCACAAACCUCUAGAAUUUAGUAAAAUCACUGAGCUUUUAAACCUAAUGAGAACAGAUAAAUUAGGAAAUACCUGUGGUAAUAAAAGUUACUAUUACUUUGGAGCAUUAGCAGAAUUAGAAGAAGCUUUAAUUAAGUAUACAGUUAGUACAUUAAUAGGCAAGGAUUUCUUAUUAAUAUCAGUACCAGACAUAUUACCAAGGAAUUUACUUGAAGGUUGUGGAAUGACUAUUAACACCGAUAGAACCCAAAUAUAUUCUUUGGAUCCUUAUCAUCAUGGACAUGAUAUGUACUUGUCGGGAACAUCAGAAAUGUCCCUAGCAGGGUUACUGUCUAAUUCUGUACAUAGUGCAGAGAAACUACCCUUGAAAUUAGCAGCUGUGAGUAGGUGUUAUAGAGCAGAAACAUCAAAUGUUGUCGAGGAAAGAGGUACAUACAGAGUUCAUCAGUUCACAAAAGUUGAGAUGUUUUUAAUAACUAAACCACAAGAAUCUGAUGAGAUGUUGGAAUACAUAAGGAAUAUCCAACAAGAGCUGUUUACACCGUUAGGGCUUCAUAUGAAAGUGUUGGAUAUGCCACCUCAUGAGUUAGGGGCACCAGCUUAUAGAAAAUACGACAUCGAAGCCUGGAUGCCAGGACGGAAUUCUUAUGGAGAAAUUUCAAGUUGUAGCAAUUGCACAGAUUAUCAAUCAAGGAGAUUACAUAUUAAGUACACUGAAAAUAACCAAGAAAAUUAUGUUCACACUUUGAAUGGUACUGCAUGUGCUAUUCCUAGAAUGCUGAUUGCAUUGCUUGAAACACAUCAAGAUCCAAAGGGUAAAAUAAUUAUACCCAAAGCACUACAACCUUUUAUCAAUGGAAAUACAUUUAUUGGGAAAAAUACUCAAGUACCAAAAUUAAAGCUACGGAAAUAA